AUCGGGACGGUCUUUAACAGUGCGUUCUAUUGCUCGCAGGACACUGCGGGAGCAUCCACGAGGUAACACCGGGGAAUAGUAGCAGCGGCAAAGAGCACGCGCCGAAUCCCUGUUCCACUAUGCUACUGUUCCUGACAAAAAUGAAAAUUGUCUGCGCGAUCUCACUGAUGAGCGCCUCUUUACUGGGCACAUCCUGGGGGAGUCAUGGGGGCCUAUCAUCUAAACCACCAUGCAGACCAGGAUUUUCUGAAAGUUUCUACUCGGUGUUUGUAUCGAGGGAUAUACUUCAAGGACAGAGCAGUCUCAAAGAUACCACAGGGUCUUCAGGCCGUGUGGUGUUUGAAGAGUGCCGGGAUGGCAAGGCGGUGGAGUUUGGGAGCCAUGACCCCAGCUUCAGCGUGCGGACCGAGGGGUCCAGCCGGAAGGAACAGGGCGAGUUCCCGGGGAGCGGAAGGAGAGCUCCGGACACACCCGUCUGGGAGAACACCCUCAAGCUGGCCUUGGUGGAACACACCCCCUCUCCACCUGUCACUCAGACUACAGGGAAGGAAGGAGAUUCCACGGAGCCCAAGCCCCAACCUAGCAUCAUCAAGUUUCCUUGGAAACAACAGCAGAGCCCCAGUGUUCCAAGGAGGCAGAAACGGGACUGGGUCAUCCCACCAAUCAACGUGCCUGAAAACUCCAGAGGACCCUUCCCCCAGAUGCUCGUCAGGAUCCGCUCGGACCAGGACCGAGACAUCCAGAUCCGCUACAGCAUCACAGGGGCUGGUGCCGACCAGCCGCCCACUGAGGUGUACAACAUCGACCCGGUGGCGGGGAAGAUGUUUGUCACUAAACCCCUGGACAGAGAGGAGAGGUCCUCUUACCAUCUCAGAGCUCACGCUGUGGAUAUGAAUGGAAACAAGGUGGAGAACCCCAUCGAUCUUUACAUCUACGUCAUCGACAUGAACGACAACCGGCCGGAGUUCCGCAAGCAGGUCUACAACGGGUCCGUGGACGAAGGGUCUAAGCCUGGCUCUUAUGUGAUGAAGGUUACCGCCAACGACGCUGACGACGACACUACGGCCAACGGGAUGGUGCGCUACCGCAUCCUGUCCCAGUCACCCCGCAGCGCCAUCCCCAACAUGUUCACCAUCAACAGCGAGACGGGCGACAUCGUGACCGUAGCCCCCGGGCUGGACCGCGAGAGAGUGUCGCAGUACACCAUCAUUGUUCAAGCCACUGACAUGGAAGGCAACCUCAACUUCGGGCUGUCGAACACGGCUACGGCCCUCAUCGCCGUGACGGACAUCAACGACCACCCCCCGGAGAUGACCUCCAGAACGUUUUCGGGGGAGGUGCUAGAGAACAGAGAAGACCUACCAGUGGCUAACCUGACUGUAAUCGACUUGGAUCAGCCACACACUCAAAACUGGAAUGCGGUCUAUCGAAUCAUCGGCGGUGACCCAUCUGGCCAUUUCACUGUCCGCACAGACCCUGUCACCAACAACGGGGUUGUCACCGUAGUCAAGCCUGUGGACUAUGAGAUGAACCGUGCUUUCAUGCUGAACGUGGUGGUGUCCAAUCAAGCCUCCCUGGCCAGUGGGAUUCCCUCUUCUCCACUCUCCACUGCUGGGGUCACCAUCUCUGUGGUGGACGUGAACGAGCCGCCUGUCUUCCCCUCCAACCCCAAGGUCAUCCGCUUUGAGGAGGGCGUUCCAGCUGGGACCACACUCACCACGUUCUCCGCCAAUGACCCCGACCGCUUGAGACACCAGACUGUUAGGUACUCCAAGAUGUCCGAUCCUGCUGACUGGCUCAGAAUUAAUAACACCAAUGGACAGAUUGUGACCAUGGCUGUCCUAGACAGGGAGUCCAUCUACGUGAAGAACAACGUUUAUGAGGCCACCUUCCUGGCUGUGGAUACUGGCUCCCCGGUGGCCAGCGGUACGGGAACGCUGCAGAUCCACCUGCUGGACGUCAACGACAACGCGCCCGAGCUGCAGCCCAGGGAGGCGCAGAUGUGCGAGAGGAGGCGCAGCAAGGGCAUCAACGUGACCGCGUCCGACGCCGACGCCGAGCCCAACGUGGGCCCGUUCGUGUUUGAGCUGCCCACCUUCCCGCUCAGCGUGCGCCGCAACUGGACCAUCUCCCGUCUGGACGGGUACUACGCUCAGCUAAGACUGCGGAUCUCGCGGCUGGAGACAGGCGUGUACGAGGUCCCGGUCAUUGUGACCGAUUCCGGGAACCCGCCGCUGUCCAACAGGUCGGUCAUCAGGGUGAAGGUGUGCCCCUGCGAUGAGAACGGGGACUGCUCCUCUGUGGAGGCUGUGGCGGCGGCUGGCCUGGGCACCGGUGCUAUCGUCGCUAUACUCAUCUGCAUCAUCAUCCUGCUGAUCCUGGUGCUGCUCUUUGUGAUGUGGAUGAAACGCAAGGAGAAGGAGCGUCAAACCAAGCAGCUCCUGAUCGACCCCGAAGAUGAUGUCCGAGACAACAUUCUGAAGUACGACGAGGAGGGAGGCGGAGAAGAGGACCAGGAUUAUGACCUGAGUCAGCUGCAGCAGCCUGAGUCUCUGGAUCACAUCAUCACUAAGCCUACUGGUGUGCGUCGUGUGGAUGAGAGGCCCAUGGUCGCUGAGUCCCAAUACCCCGUCCGGCCUACCCUGCCCCACCCUGGAGACAUCGGGGACUUCAUCAAUGAGGGCCUGAGAGCGGCAGACAACGACCCCACGGCCCCGCCCUACGACUCGCUGCUGGUGUUCGACUACGAGGGCAGCGGCUCCACCGUGGGCUCGGUCAGCUCCCUCAACUCGUCCAGCAGCGGCGAGCAGGACUAUGACUAUCUGAACGACUGGGGCCCGCGCUUCAAGAAGCUCGCUGACAUGUACGGCGGGGGAGACGAGGACUAGGCCGAGGGCGGGCAGAGCCCCAACAGCACCGUCCGCCCCUGUCCACUGAGACGGGACCCAAAAGGUGGGUCGCCAUCGCCCACCCCUCAUCCUGCUGACUGGAGUCCAAACUCUUGGCUUUUUAAAUGGUUUUUAUUUUAGUGGCGAGUUUGAGUUUUUUUUUUUUGUGGUCUUGUUUCUGACAUUGUUGUUACUUCUGUUCUUCUGGAAAGGGAGCUCAUGUGAGCUCAGGCUUUCCCGUGCACACAGCAGGGACCAGAGUGACUGCACACCAGAAAAAGUAGAAGAAAUAAAAGUUUUGGUUGUUUUUUUCCGUUUUUCACUAAAGUGAGUGUGAGACGCUAUUCUGUCCUAACUUGAAUUCCUCAGAACAGGAGCACUGCUGUUUUAAAGUGCCUUUUGUGGUGUGCUUUAUUGGAUUCCCGCUAUCUCAGGAUUGGUUGCCAUUUGAAUGCUUUUGUGCUCUUUCUGACUCUAUCACAAUGAUGUGAAAAAUGUCCCCAUCAGCAACUUGGG